AUGGCCGAGGACAAGAAGUAUUCUGGAGAGUUCGUCCGCGAGACUUAUCCUGGUGACGAUAUUCAACAUGGCCAAGUGACCGACAACUCCGACGAUCUGCAGCGUCAUCUUGGUAAUCGCCAAAUUCAGCUCAUCGCAAUUGGUGGUUCCAUUGGAACUGCGCUGUUUGUAUCCAUCGGAGGUGCUCUCAACAAGGGCGGGCCCCUCGGUUUACUUCUCGCUUACACUGGAUAUUCUUGCAUCAUCGCUCUCGUGAACAACGCCAUGGCUGAAAUGGCCAGUUUCAUGCCUGUGUCCGGAGGUUUCAUUCGAAUGGCUGGACACUGGGUCGAUGAGUCCCUAGGCUUCAUGGCCGGCUGGAACUUCUUCUUCUACGAAGCUCUGCUGAUCCCGUUUGAAAUCACGGCUCUCAACAUUGUGUUGCGAUACUGGAGAGAUGACAUUCCAGUCGCUGCUGUCUGUGCGGCUGUCAUCGUUCUAUACGCUGCUUGCAACGUUUUGGCUGUAAAGGCGUACGGUGAAGCUGAAUUUUGGCUCUCUGGAGGCAAGGUCCUGCUGAUCCUGAUUCUUUACUGCUUCACCUUCAUUACCAUGGUUGGAGGUAACCCCCAGAAGGAUGCCUAUGGUUUCCGAUACUGGCGCGAUCCUGGCCCAAUGCCCGGCGGCAGCGACCUUGGACGUUUCGAAGGCUUCCUCGGUUCCCUUUGGGCUGCUUCCUUCUGCAUCGUCGGUCCCGAGUACAUCUCCAUGGUCUCUGGUGAGGCCAAGCGCCCCCGUGCCUACAUCAAGACCGCGUUCAAGACAGUGUACUUCCGAUUUGGUGCCUUCUUCAUCCUUGGUGCUCUUUGCGUCGGUAUCGUUCUAGCCUACAACGAUCCAGAGCUUGUCAGUGUCUUGAAGGCUGGUGAGAGCAGUGCUGCUGCCUCUCCCUACGUCAUUGCCAUGAAGAACCUCAACAUCGGCGGCCUUCCCCAUCUUGUCAACGCCCUCUUGAUCACGAGUAUCUUCUCUGCGGGUAACACGUACACGUACUGUGCAACUCGCAGUCUGUACUCGCUUGCUAUUGAGGGUCGUGCCCCCAAGAUCCUGCGCAAGUGCACCAAGAACGGUGUCCCGAUCUACUGCUUCUUGGUAGUUAUGAUCUUCCCGUUCUUGUCUUUCCUGCAAUUGUCGGACGACUCCGCCAAGGUCUUGACCUGGCUCACCAACAUCAUCACUGCUGGUGGUGUUAUCAACUACAUCGUCAUGUGCGGCACCUACCUUGCUUUCUACAAGGCCUGCAAAGUCCAGGGCCUCGACCGAAAGACUCUCCCUUACUGCGGUUACUUCCAACCAUACGGUACCUGGUUUGCUCUAUGCUUCGAGAUUUGCGUUGUCUUUGUGUACGGUUACAGCACCUUCAAGCCCGGCAACUUCACCCUGGAGUCCUUCUUCACAUACUACACCAUGGUGGGCGUUGCCCCGAUCCUUUUCAUCUUCUGGAAACUCUUCAAGAGGACUAAGUGGCUGAAGCCACAUGAGGUUGACCUUGUUUGGGACGCUCCUCUUAUCGACGCCUACGAGGCUUCCUUCAUCACACCACCUGUCGGCUUCUGGACCGAGAUGCUUCAGCUUAUUGGACUGAAGCGCAAUGUCCCUGUGGACAAGCGUGCUGUUUGA